AAAGAGGGCAGUGACCGUAUUUUUGCAGAUAUCUCUCAUUUCUCGGGUUAAGAGGAGCCGUGUCACAAUAUAACACAUUUACGCCGGUGAAGCGAAGCAACCUGCCUCUCCACAAAUGCAAGCGAUUAAAUGCGUGGUGGUCGGCGACGGGGCGGUGGGUAAAACCUGCCUGCUGAUCAGCUACACCACAAAUGCCUUCCCCGGCGAGUACAUCCCUACAGUAUUUGACAACUAUUCUGCCAAUGUGAUGGUGGAUGGUAAACCAGUCAACCUUGGCUUAUGGGAUACAGCAGGACAGGAGGAUUAUGACCGCCUCCGUCCACUCUCAUACCCGCAGACGGAUGUGUUUUUAAUAUGCUUUUCCUUGGUGAGCCCUGCGUCCUUUGAGAACGUCCGUGCAAAGUGGUACCCAGAGGUGCGGCAUCACUGUCCCAACACACCCAUUAUACUGGUGGGCACCAAACUGGAUCUGCGAGAUGAUAAGGACACCAUCGAGAGGCUGCGGGACAAAAAACUAUCGCCCAUCACUUACCCACAAGGCCUGGCGAUGGCCCGCGAGAUCGGUGCUGUGAAGUAUCUGGAGUGCUCGGCUCUAACUCAGCGUGGUCUAAAGACUGUAUUUGACGAGGCCAUCCGUGCCGUCCUCUGCCCUCCGCCCGUCAAAAAACGCGGCAAGCGCUGCACUCUCUUCUGAGUAACAAAGGCGACGACAAUUCCCGGCACCUCCGCACAAACUACAAUAUUUUUAAUCAGCCUCUUGGAAAAUAUAUUGUACUACUCUCACAGGUUGGGUGACAGCCGUCCAUGAAGUUCUAAUGCACAUUACAUGUAUAUGAACCAUUGGCUAGACGCGUCCUGGCGGAGGGAAACCUUGUGGUAGAUGGCUUCAGUUGUUUUUGUCGCGGCCCAGAGACGUAAUAUUUCAUUUCAUAUCGUUUAUAUGAGAAGUUUUAGUGGUGCGGUGUAAUUGUUGACAUACUGUGAGGAAGUGUUUCUUAGUGUCGUGAAGGAAGCGUGUCUAAGGAGUGGAAAAGUAAUGUCGGGGUUAUUGUACAAAGCUAACCAUACGCAGUAUUAGCAUUGCUGGAUGGCGUUAAAGUCAACAUGAAAUAGCAUUCGCGAUACAUUUGAUAUCUAUAACGAGUAAAACAAGAUCACAAUGUUGGGAACUGUUUGGAUUGUGAAAAGUGACGUGAAGGGGAUAAAAUCACAAUGAAAAUAUGUUCUUGUAAAGUUUCGAGUAAGUUACGAAAAACCUAAUAUUGUUCAAAACAUCGCAUUCGAAAUCGCAUACUAUUCGUGUAGGUACUACAUUUGAGUUUGAACUUCACUACCUUUAGUACAGUUUGUACUAUAUAGUAUGAAUGGAAUUUGCACAUACUACAUACGCCUUGUUGUCAUUAUCACAUGACCUACAUGCGUCAGUUGCGUCGCUUUACUCAAAUUUACAUUUAUAAAUUCUAUCGCCGGGCCUCAUGGGAUAGUAUACUGUUGGAAUGCGUACUUCAGAAUCUCACCUGCUGUUUUUCAAAUACUAUUUUUAACACACUAUAUUUUAGGGUAGUAUGUGAUUUUUGGAUGCACUACAAUUUUUUUUAUGUGGUUUUGAACAUUCCAUUCGAUAAAUUUGUAAACAUAAUGGACGGUUACUUCUGGAUGUUCUUAAUAUAGCAACAUUUAAAGAAACAUUCUGUGAAAAAUUCUUAUAAUUACACAUUUGUGUUUACAUUACUAAAAAGCGCAUUGCUUUGAAUGAACAUUGAAUUAAUCAAUGUUAAUUUUGUCUACGAAAAUAGCAUAAAAAAUUUAACAAGUUUGGUGCGCUAUUAUCGUGACUUGCAUUGUGAAUUUUGCACACUAUGAUCUGCUCAUCUAAUGAAUGAACAGCGCAAUGCAGCGGAUUAUAACAAAAAAUUUAAGUUUUUAUGUUAUUGACAACUCUUUUUUUUUGUCAACACUAAUGGGGGGGUUGCAUUAGAUGAGCGGAUCAGCGCGUGCAUUCAUAGUUAAGUUACGUUACUUGCGCACGUUAGGUCAAAUUAUUUCAAACAACUCUCAUAAUUACGUGUUUGUUCUAACAUUACUAUUAAGUGCACAGCUUCAAACAAACAUUGUAUUAAUCGCUGUUAAUUUUAUCAACGACAAUUUCUAGACACAAACUAAAAGUUGACAAGUUUGCUGCGCUAUUAUUGUGACAAAAUGUUGUAUGCUUUGAUCCAGUCAUUUAAUGAAUAAACAGAGCAACGCAGCAGAUUAUAACAAAAAAUAAUGAUUUGUUUUUAUGUUUUUGACUAGUAUUUUCGUCAACACUAUCGGGGUGGUCUUUCAUUAGAUGAGUGGAGCAGAGCAUGCUCAUAAUUAUGUUACUUGCACAUGCUAAGUCACGUUACUUUAAACAUUCUGUGAACAAUUCUUAGAAUUACGCGUUUGUGCUAACAUUACUAAAAACUGCAUAGCUUUAAACAAACAGUGUCUUAACCGCUGUUAUUUUUAUCGAUAAAAGAAAAUUGACAAUUCUGCUGCGCUAGUAUUGUGACCAAAUUUUGCGCAAUCUAAUCCACUUAUCUAAUGAAUAAACGGCGAAAUGCAGCGGAAUAUAACAAAAAACAAUGGUUUGUUAUUGUUUUUGACUAGUCAUUUUUCGUCAACACUAAUGGGGUGUUCUUUCAUUAGAUGAGCGGAUCACAAGUGCAUUUAUAGUUAAGUUACGAUACGGUUAGUCACAUUACUUCAAACAAUUCUUAUAAUUACAUGUUUGUUCUUACAUUACUAAAAAGUGCAUAGCUUCGAACGAAUGUUGUAAUUAAUAUUAAUUUUAUCGACAAAAAUGGCUUGACGUAUACCAAAAAUUGACAAUUCUGCUGCGCUAGUAUCGUGACCAAAUUUUGCGUUAUUUGAUCCGCUCAUCUAAUGAACGAACAGCGCAAUGCAGCAGAUAAAAAAAAAUGGUUUGUUUAUGUUUUUGAUUAGUCAUUUUUCAUCAACACUAAUGAGGAGGUCUUUCAUUAGAAGAGAGGAUCACAACACGUGCAUUUAUAGUUAAGUUACAAUACUUGCGCACGUUAAGUUACAUUACUACAAACAAUUCUUAUAAUUACGUGUUUGUUCCAACAUUAAUAAAAAGUGCAUAGCUUCGAACGAAUGUUGUAUUAAUCAUUGUUAAUUUUGUCGACAAAAAUGGCUUGACGCAAACCAAAAAUUGACAAUUCUGCUGCGCUAGUAUCGUUAAUGAACAGUGCAAUACAACAUUUUAUAACAAAAAAUGGUUUGUUUUUAGUUUGAUUAGUCAUUUUUCGUCAACAAUAAUGCGUUGUUAAUAAUUAUUAAGCUACAUUAAUAGUUAUUUAAUAGUUAUUUUAUAUUUUUUAUUUGCGCAGAGGACCUGUCUUCUUUUUGUUUGUGUAAAACAAACAUUUUUCACCCUUAUUUUCGCUGACGAAAUUACCAACGUUAUUAGUCAAAGCAUUAGUUUAAUGGGUGUGCUUUUUCAAUAUUUUGACGACGGUUAGUUUGACGUACGAAUACAUAGAUAUUUAUAAAUAAAACAAUGUGCAUCGCUGCAUUACUUGAACAGUAUCCGUUUAUUUCAUUUUGACUUUAAAGCCUCACGUAGUGAUGAACACUAGAUGUUUUCUUCUUCUCGAUGCUAAUUUAGCCAUUCAAAAACACUGGAGAAGGAAGCUGUGAAACUCGCACAUUGUCUCUCUACUGUAAAAUCGUUAUAAACUAAUUUACAAAGUUAGCGAAAACACUUUUUGAAUUUCGUUCUUUUCUGGUUUUUAUUUUUAUGUAUGAAUAAACCACUUUAAUCCUGUGAUGAAGGGUUUAACGGUACAGCUUCACAAUCCAAAAUCUCCAAGCUCUGUUUGAACAAAUGCCUAUUAUUAGGCUUGUGCGAGUGACUUGCAUGCCGCAAAACGAAGCCUGAAUGUGUCUUUAAGCGAAGGACAUGCAUGGGCAUUUGUUCUUGAUCUUUCCCUCUUUGGAAACCUUGUGAAUCUGCAUGUGGUGUGGGUGUGAUGUGGUCGGCUGUCGAGUGUGAGCUUAAAAAAAAAACAGUAUCCUGCGUCGGUGCUACAGCACUUCCUUUCUCUCACGUAAGUUUGUAAAUAACUCUCAAAAUGGACAAAAAAAGAUCUUCACAGCUGCCAAAAGACAUUUCCAUCAUGUAAGAUAGUAUAUUUACAAAACAAAAAAAUGUUUUAGAUGAGGAAUGCAUUAAUUAAUAAAUCUAUUCAUGUUUUACCCAUA